AUGGAGGUCAUGAACGGCUUCCUCCGCCACCUUGCCAGGACCCAGCAGCUGGCUCCUAGCGCUGGGCACCCUGAUGACGAAGACAACGACGAGGUUCAGGCAUGGGCUAGACAGGUCAGGGACCUCGCCGGCGACUCCCGGGACUGCAUCAACCUCUACCGGCACACAGGGCCCCGCCGUGCAAAGGGGCUCCUGCGCUACGUGCGAAUGCCAUGGUUCCUUGGAGGGUGCGCCACCAUCCCUCGCAGCCGCAGCACCAUCGCCAAGCAUAUCCGGGAGCUCAAGGUCCGGGUGCAGGAGGCAGGCGAGAGACGGCUGAGGUACGGCAUCGCCGUGCCGCCGCCACCGCCUGCCAUCACGCAAACUUCUACUACCAUGGCGAUGGUCAGCAGAUGGCCGCCACUCCGCAAUGUCCAAGAAUCAAAAGACCACGAAGACGACGACGACGAGAGAGGUGCUUUCAGACGAGCUCUGAUCGAUGCCGAGCCAAACAUCUUGGAGGAAGGUGCAGCAGAGCUGAUCACCUGGCUAGGCAAGAAAGGAGACGGUGACGAGGCCGGAGGGCGGCCGUUGAGACUCACUGUCAUUCUAGCACCAGAUGAUGCAGAAGGUACCGGCCUAGCUCAGCAAGUGUACCAAGAUCCUUCGGUGUCCGGCGGCUUCGACAUCAACGUAUGGAUCACCAUCCAGAGGCCUCCAAUCCUCUGGCAGAUAUUCCAUGACCUGCUCUGCAAGCUCCUUCCUGACCAAAACCAGGACGUGCUGGACGACACAUCAUCAGACAACAUGAAGCUGCUGUGGAGCAUCCGAGGCCGCUUGGAAGGCAGAAGGGUCCUGAUUGUUCUCGACGACCUCGACGAUUACCCGGGCAUGUGGGACCAGAUCAGGAUUGCUCUCAACUUCAUAAGCCUCCCUGUUGGCAGCGCCAUCAUGGUGACCACAAAGGAUGAUGGGCUUGUCAAGUCAUCUUCUCCGGAUAAAGUGGUAACAUAUUCCCUUGUGGAUUUCUUCUCCAAGAGAGCAGUGGCCCUUGUAGCCAGCAAUUUUCAGGAUGGCGAUGUGCGGGGCACCAUACGCGGCAUACUCAAGAGAUGCGACCCGGAUGUCGCUUCCAUGAAGAUGUUCCUCCAUGCCUUGUAUGGCAACCCUAACAGGACAAAACAAGAGCUGGAGAAGCUGCAGGAAAGCCUGUGUUCAGAGGCCGACCACAACGAUAGCAGCUAUAACUUCAAGCAGAUGGUUAUGUUUUCCUACAGUGACAUGCCUAGAGAGUGCCAGUUGUGCUUCCUGCACCUAUGUCUUCUCCUCCCACAAGAUCACAGCAUCAGGAGGACAUCCCUAGUGAGAAGAUGGGCAGCCCAAGGCCUGAUAUCUGCGGAAGGCGGUCAUGGUUCAGCAGAAGCGGCAGCCGAGCGCUGCUUCAGUGCAUUUGUCAGCCGAGGCCUCAUUUGCCCUGCUGACAUUGGUGAUGCGGGCAAGAUCAAGACUUGUGUGGUGCCUCCUGCGGUGCAUCGCCUCAUCACUGAGGUUGCAGAAGAAGAGAAUGUCGUCCGUGUCGGCUCCACGAUCUGCAAUGCACAUCUUGGUGACAUCAAGAGGUGCCUGGGAUCACUGCCCGUGUCAUCUCAACUGCUGCUGCUGAAGGUGCUCGAUCUAGAAGGCUGCAAAGGCUUGGAGAGGCGCCAUCUGAACAACAUCUGCAAGCUGUUCAUGCUCAAGUAUUUGAGCCUCAGGAACACUGAUGUUUCUGCGCUGCCCAAGCAAAUCCAUAGGCUGCAGCAGCUGGAGACGCUGGACAUUCGGCAAACCAAGAUACAAGCCUUCCCCGCAGAUUUCGCCAAGCUCCUGAUGCUCAAGCAUCUGCUCGCAGGGCGCACAGACUUCUCCUCCCCGGUCAAGGACACCAUCAACUCCAAGGAAUCAUUUUCCACGCCGCGCAUGCCACAAGGAAUCGGGGCCAUGAGGAGGAACCUGGAGAUACUGUCACAUGUACAGGUCUCCGGGAGUGGCAGUGAGUCGAUGCUCAUGGAUGUUGGGCAGCUAGUCAAGGUACAGAAGCUAGGAGUUGUUCUCCAUGGCAAGAAGGUCGGCAACUCCUUCAAGCAUCUGCUCCAAGCAAUCAGCAAGCUGAACGGAUGCCUUCGCUCUUUGUCGAUCCGAAUCGGACAUCCUGGCGAUGUGACCGAUCCUCUUACAUUCAGCAUGGAUCAAGAGAAUCCAUUUUCACCUCCCGAGUUUCUCCAGAGCCUGUACAUCAGUGGCCUCACAGGCGUUGGGCUGCCUCCAUGGAUCACAGAGCUCCAUCAACUUGGCAAGAUAACCCUGCGUGACACCUCCCUGAUGGAUCAUGACAUACGGCUCCUCGGCGAACUCGGUGGCCUGCGCUGCCUUAGACUCCGACAUAUGUCCUACGCUGAAAUGAAGAUCACUUUUGGGGAAGGAGGAUUCCCAAGCCUCAAGUGUCUGAUCAUCGAAGGCUCUGACAUCACCAACAUCAUCUUCGAGAGUGGAGCGGCACCUGGGCUGGAGAAGAUAGCUUGGGGUUUCAAGAGCAUGCAGUUCAUCUCCGGAAUCGGCCAUCUCCCAAGGCUGAAAGAGCUCGAGCUCAGUGGCAGCUGCAACCCAGACCCGGUGAAGCAGGCCGUCGCAGCACACCCAAGCCAUCCCGUCUUCAAGCACAACGCCUGA